AUGACUCCCCCAAGCUCAUCCAAGGGGCCCCCUUCUUCCUCGUCCCACCCCUCCCAAGAAGCGGACCCCCCUUCCCCUACGAUCCAAAUCCCGGCCCUUCGGCAGUACCCUCUCAUAGUGGCCCACCACCGCGCCGCCGCGUGGCAGUCCGCACGGGCCCUCCUCCACUCCGUACGGGACACCCACCCGGUGGUCGCGGCCCUCCUGCACGGCCUCCUUCCUGAGGCCAACGGGUCCCAACGCCCCCCUGCGUGUGCGGUCUUCCCUACCGUACAACGGCUGGAAGGGCUGGUGGUGGCGCCCAGUGUGCGGGGGCUUUUUAGGGCGCUCCUGCAGGGCGUCCACGAGGGGCUUGGGGCGGCCGCGCCGACGAUCGCGACGACGGUGUUCCUCCCAGGGCUCCUCAGCUCGCCGCACGACGGGUGGCUAGACGUGCUGCAGGAUUCGCGCUGGCGACAGCAAGCCGCGACGCUGCGUGUGGUGGGGUAUGAUUUGAACCCCAUCACCAUGGCGGUCGACCUCGAACACCUCCGGUCGCGGUUGAAGGGAGUGGGCAACGACGACGAGAACGGGCCCGCAAAAAAAGUGCGGGGCGUCAAUGUGGUAGUGCUCGCCGCCUUCCGAGGCCGUUUCCCGGUGAAUGCGCGUCAAGUGCGUCGAUUGGUAAAGCAAAACACGUGGGAUCGGAAGCAGAGGUGGUCAUUUCGACCGAAUACUGCAUCGGUAUCUUCAGUCGAGACCCUAGUAGUGGAAAUCCAUCUCCCGACUAUGCGGGCACUCUCAGUUGGUGGGGAAGCCGGCUCGAGGAACCCUCCUGCAGACCUUAUUGUAACGUCUUUUGAUGGACCAGGGUUCCUUGGAGGCGCCGUCGCCUACGCCUCUGAGCCCCACCUCGCCGCAGCUAUCCAAAAAAACCUUCAGUCGAUGCCGACCGCAGGCAGGAUCCGAAAACUGGAGCGUUUGCUCCGACAUCUAGGUUUAUUGAUGAUGUCGAACCGGCUGGACUAUGGGUAUAUGACUCUGGUUAUUAGUUCCUUUUUUAUGGUUGGAGGGCUUGCUCGCCGGUUUGCGACCGCUGUAGUGCAUAAUUCAGGUAAUGAAAGUGACAAGAAGGCAAAGACCUUGGUAGAGACGCCACGGGCGCGUGCAGUUGACGUCCUUUAUGAUGUUAUUAUGUCCCGCAAAGAAAUGAGUCCGCGGUUUGCCACGCUUCCACCUUUAUUUUCCACUCCGUCGUGGCCUGCGAAAUAUCGUAUCCGAUGGCCUCCUGGCUUAUCGUUUGGGAGUACCGCGAAACCCUCGACGCGGAGUGGGGACGGGCGGCCAUCGUGCGACUCCGCUGAUUGGAUUUCAAACUUUCUAGCCGAGCAAUCGCAACGCCGCGACGCGGAGGCGUUAUCGUUGUGGUCGUUUCUGUACUUCCUGCCAUCCUACAUCACGGUGAUCUCGGCUGGCGAGCCUGACGACCCCGAGGCCUGCGUGGAGGCCGCGGCGUCGGAUAUCGUGCUGCGGGCGGUAUGCCCCGCCCAAGUGGUGCAACGGUUGCAGCGCGAAGGCUUUGCCGCCACGCAGGCGCGCGCCCUUUCGUAUCGGCAGCCCCCUCCCCCCCCUCUUCCCACGCUUAACGGGGCAGGCGGUGGGGUGGGAAAAGGUCAACCGUCCGACCACGACGCCGAUCUAGAGGCCUAUCAGCCCCAUCGUGUGCAAGAUGUGGUGUACUUCGCGGACUGCCCGAAGUGUGGCGAGGUGGCGGGGCAACUGGUUUUUGUUCCCCUAUCCCCUCACAUGGGGCCCUCCGCGCACGCGCAUCUGUUGAGUGUGCUGGCGGAUAUGCCGCAGCGGUGGUGGCGCGCAACGGCCCCACCUUCCUCACCACAGCGACGACCGUACGAUACGCCAGCGGUGCGAAAUCUCCUGAACGGCAUCAUCGAUCGCCAUCGCGCACGGAACCUUCAACGUCGAAAGGGUGGUGUUGGACGUCAUUCCUGGUUCCGUGUGAUGCGCUGGGGGCAAGAUCGAAAAGUCAGCAAUGCGGUGGAGAUCUCACCCGCUCCUGAUCCGUCGCCCUCGACGUCGCUCGAAAAGUUGGAGACGGCAGACAACGCACCACGGUUUUCUGAUAUACGUGUUGCUGAAGAUGCUCUUUACAAAGAGUAUCCACCCCUUUUCACGUACUUGCUCUACGGUACACAGAUUGUACGUAUGCUGAUUUCAAUGCUUUAG